UAUUAAUCCGUUUUCUAGAGCUGGACCGGAUCUUUCUGUGAUAUUUUAAAAAAUUCAACUCCUGAGGAAAAAAGUCUAAAUGCAGAGGGAAUCCAUGGAAAUGAUUUUAUUAAAGGACUUUACUCUGCUCUGGAAAAUAGUCAAAUCUAUAGUUUAUUUUCAAACGAUAAUUGGGAUGAUUCAAACACAGAUGAACUGAAAUCAAAUGAAUAUUAUAAAGCGUAUGGUUACUCAGAUAAUGAAAACGCUUUUGAGGAAUUUAACCCUGAUAAUUACAAUCCUGAUGUUUACAGCAUAUAUGAAUAUAAUCCCAUGAUUGAGGAUGAAUAUGGGGAUUAUGAAACAGUUAAACCCAACUAUGCUGGAAUUAACCAAUCCCCAGUAGAGGAGAGAAUGAUAAUAAACAGAGGGCGGAGAGGAGGAACGGGUAAAAGAAAUGGAAGACAAGGAAGAUCUGGAAAAGGCAAAGGAAGAGGGAAAAGAAGAAGUCUCAGGACAGGUAAAAUACAACCCAGAGGACGGAUUUUAGCCAGUCCUUAUCGAAGAGGGGCUGAAUAUGACAACUCUAAUGUUGACUCAUUAGAGGAAUAUUUUGAAGACAGUCCUGAAGUUUUAGGAAUCCAAACUGGAAAUACUAUUGUAAAGCUUAGUCCAGAUAAACCAGUCUCAAGAUCUAUGCCAAGAGAAGGUUCUAGAAGUUUAUCAAAUGACCAAUAUUGGAGUAAUGAAGAAUUUGAGGAGACUGAAAUCAAUUCGGAGUCGAGAAACAACGCAAACGAUUUGGAAAUAGAAGGUUCUGCCGAUCUUAUUUCAAAUGAAGACCUAACCACAGAUGAUUUAGCUGAAGUAUACGAUAAUGAGGAAGCAGACGAAGAUUCAUCCUUUCACGAUGAUUACGUGGUCACAGAUAAUGAUUUUAAUGAUUUAGAUACAAACAGGUUUCCUGGAAAGGUUGGGAAAGCCAAGUCAAGAAAUGGAAAGAUUGGAAAAGUAAACAGAGGGAAAGGAAAGGGUAAGCAAGGAAAUAGGAAGGCAGCAAAGCUGGGAAGAGCGAAAGCAAAAGCUAAACUCAGAGUUCUUGGAAAAGCUAAAUUUGGAUUCGGAAAAAUGUAAAGAAGGAAAAAUUUGUAUCUGGUAAACUGGAUUGUGCAGAUUUUGUAUUUUAUUUGUUAAAUAUUGAAAAAAUAAACUGAGUUUCACAAAUUUUAAAA